AUGGUUGAUGUCCGAGAUAAGUUGAAAAUAAGUUACGAGUCAUUGGAACGUGAGCAAAAGGAAAUAUUCCUUGACAUUGCAUUCCUUUUCAUUGGUAUGGACGUCAGGCUAGUGAUUCCCAUGUGGAAAGAUGCUAAAUAUUCACCAGAAGUGGGAAUCGAGAUCCUCCAACUAAAGUCAUUGAUUAAAAUCGGAGAGGAUAAUACAAUAUGGAUGCAUGAUCAACUCAGAGAUCUUGGUAGAAGCACUGUUGAGCAAGAAGAUAAAGAACCAGGAUGGCGGAGUAGGCUAUGGCACGGUGAAGACGCAUUUAAUGUAUUAGUGCAACAACAGGUAUGGCAUUUUCGAUCAUUUCCGAGCUUAGAGAGCUUGAUUCUCGAGUCCUGCGGGGAGUUGGUUUGGGUUGAUCCAUCAAUAGUGCUUCUAAAGAAUCUGAUCCUUCUAAAUUUGAGGGGAUGUCGGAGUCUGGAGAAGUUGCCGGAGCAAUUGGGUUCCAUGGAGUCACUAGUCGAGCUUCUUAUUGAUGAUACAUGGGUCAAAGAAUUACCGAUAUUGAGAGGUAUGAAAAAGCUUGAAGUUCUAUCUGCUGAUAGUUGUACAAAUCUUCAUGAAAUUCCAGCAUCUGUUGGAUCCCUCGUGAAUCUAAGGAUACUCUCGUUAUCUCAUAGUGGGCUAAAGGAACUUCCAAACUCCAUUGGGCAGUUAACCUCAUUGGUUGAACUGAUCUUGACGGGAACUGACAUCAGAAGGUUGCCGGAUUUCAUUGGAGAUCUACAUGAUUUGGAAGUGUUCAUGAUCGAUGACACAUAUGUCAGUGGUUUACCGGGUAACCUAGGAAACUUAAAGAAGCUCAAAGUUCUCGAUGCUCUGGGGCAACAGAAUACCAAAUAAUUUCCGAUGAAAUUUUGAGUUUAUCC